AUGAACGCCCAGCUCCUGAACCCAUUCACGAUCGACAUCCCUGAUUCCGUAUCUGCCACCCUCGAAUCCGCCGAGUGCACAACCCUUCUCUUCAACCACGGCUCAAACACCCUCUCUGGCCAGUACCUUGCCGUCGGCCGCUCUGAUGGGUAUAUUACAAUAUGGGAUAUUGAGACUAAAUCUGUCCUCCGCCUUCUCACAGGCCAUGUUCGACCGGUAACCGGUCUGGCAUGGAGUGAAGGGAAUAGGUAUCUGGCUAGCGGUAGUGCUGAUUGGAGUGUCAUUAUUUGGGAUCUGAAGGCAAAAAGUGGGAUUGGGAGCGGGUUGAGAGCUAGAGAGAAAAAAAGAGCGGGAGAGGGAGGGGAGAAAGCGGGCUUGGAGGGGGAAGAUACGAGACUACCAUUUGGAAGCGAGAGAAAGAAGACGUUGAGAUUUGAUUGUUCGGUGGUCUCGGUUCAGUUUGCGCCGGGAGAUAGUCGACGGUUGGUUGUUGUUCUGGCGAGUCAGCAGGCUUUUCUUGUUGAUAUCAGGGAUAGGGUGAGGAUACGAAAACGUCGAGCAGAAUCGUCGAUCGAAGUCGAGGAAGUGGUUUCCUCUCCCACUCGCACACCUCUCUUAUCCAACUCCAUUACAACUGAAGAAUCAUCCGAAGGCAAACCAUCAACAACCUCGCCCACUGCAGGCAUCACCGCCGCUCGUUUCACCCCAGAUUCGCGCUUCAUCGUAGCAGGAACCUCCAAAGGAUCCCUUCUCAUUUUCUCCUCCCUCACCGGCGCCCUUCUAUCCGAAUCAAAAGUCCUCUCCACCUCUUCUGGGGUAAAAGAACUGUCAUUCGACGUUGCUGGUCGAUUCCUAGUCGUCAAUUGCAAUGAUCGCUCUCUCCGCCUUCUCUCCCUCUCCCUUACCCCUUCUGAUCCCACCCCUACCCUCACCUUAACCCUGCAGAACAAAGUACAAGACAUGGUCCAACGCACAGCAUGGUCAACCCUCGGCUUCUCCCCCUCCUCAGACUACAUUUUCGCCGGCGCCGCACACAAAGCCUCACAUAACAUCUACAUCUGGGACCGACCCUCCGCUACACUCACAAAGAUUCUCGAAGGUCCGAAAGAUUGGCUGAUCAGCGUGGAUUGGCAUCCGAACAGACCUAUGUUGGCGAGUGUGGGCAAUACAGGAGCGAUCUAUAUUUGGUUUACACCGACGGAGGAGAUUUGGAGUGCGUACGCUCCUGGAUUUGAGGAGUUAGAGGAGAACAGGAAUUAUGAUUAUGAGGAAAGGGAGGAUGAGUUUGAUGUAGAUGAGGGGGAGGGGGUGAGGGAGAUGAAGAGGCAAGAGGAGGUUGAGGCUGGGGAGGUGCGGGUGGGAGCCGGGAGUGGGGGUAGGAGGGGGGCUGUGGGGAUAGGGGCCGAGGGGGAGGGGGAGAAGAGGGAUGGGGAGAAGGUAUGGGGGAUGCUGGAAUUGGGGGAGGGGCAGAAGAGGAAGUAUUGGGAUGCGUUGGAGAUGGUAUGUACUCAGGUUGAUGGGCUGGUGAGUGAUUCAGGCUGGGUUGGAGGGGAAGGAAAGGAGGUAGGAGAGGUGAGGGAGAUGGUCUUUGCUCUAGCAGACAAUGAUACGGAGGAAACCUUCGUCAUUCCACCUCGUCUGGAAACAGACUUUUCAGAGUUUCACAAUGAGCAUAUCUAG